CGGGACCCGCGGGAGCGGAGCCAAGGCUCCUGGAGGCAAAGGCGACACCUCUCAGGCACACUGUGGGACCCGCUGGAGGCAAGGCGACACUUCUCACGGACGGUAUCCACAGUUAGUUAUUGAGGCAAAAUCACUCUGGAAGUUCCAUCUCUGAAAACUCCUGUUUCCAGAAAUGACAUUUCAACACCAACUUCUCAGCGUUGCCAUAGUGGUAGUAGCUAUGCUGUGGCAGAACAGGAAUUGCUUCUCGAACUGACCAAGGUCAUAAGAGGGUUGUGACACUUCAGGUUCAGUGUAAUCUCAUUGGGCAACAGCAGUGGAACUUGUCUGUCCAAAAUGGUUUACGGUGAAUUUUUCCGCAGACCUGGCAAAGAUACAGAACUUAUCAAUUUGAAUGUGGGUGGCUUUAAGCAGUCAGUGGAUCAAAGCACCUUGCUCCGAUUCCCCCAUACUAGACUCGGAAAACUUCUCAAAUGCCAUUCAGAAGAGGCUAUUUUAGAACUGUGUGAUGAUUAUAGUGUUGCAGAUAAAGAAUAUUACUUUGACAGAAAUCCUUCCUUGUUCCGAUAUGUUCUGAAUUUUUACUAUACGGGCAAACUCCACGUUAUGGAAGAACUCUGUGUCUUUUCCUUCUGCCAGGAAAUAGAGUACUGGGGGAUAAAUGAGCUGUUUAUUGAUUCCUGCUGCAGCAAUCGGUACCAAGAAAGGAAAGAAGAAGGUCCUGAUAAAGACUGGGAUCAGAAGAGCAAUGACAGUAUAGACUCCUCUAAUGAAGAGUCGUCCAUAUUUGAUAAAGAGCUAGAAAAGUUUGACAAUCUGUGUUUUGGUGAAAUAAGAAGGAAGAUCUGGGUCAGAAUGGAAAAUCCUGCAUACUGCUUGUCUGCCAAGUUAAUUGCCGUGUCAUCCCUGAGUGUUGUCCUGGCAUCAAUUGUGGCCAUGUGCAUUCACAGCAUGCCAGAAUUUCACAGGGUGGAUGCCCAUGACAGGGAGAUUGAAGACCCUGUGUUGGAAGCAGUGGAGAUUACGUGCAUCAUCUGGUUUACUGGUGAACUAGUGAUCAGGCUCAUCGCCGCUCCAAGUCAAAAGAAGUUCUGGAAGAAACCACUCAAUAUUAUUGAUUUUGUCUCUAUUAUCCCAUUUUAUGCCACACUGGCUGUGGACACAAAGGAAGAAGAAAGCGAAGAUAUUGAAAACAUGGGGAAAGUGGUUCAGAUCCUGCGGCUAAUGAGGAUAUUUCGCAUCCUGAAGCUGGCCAGGCAUUCCGUAGGACUGCGGUCUUUAGGUGCCACUCUGAGACAUAGCUAUCAAGAAGUUGGACUGCUGCUUUUGUUUUUGUCUGUUGGGAUUUCUAUUUUUUCAGUGCUUGUCUACUCAGUGGAGAAAGAUGAUGACUCAUCAGAACUGCAGAGCAUCCCUAUUUGCUGGUGGUGGGCAACCAUUAGCAUGACCACUGUUGGUUAUGGGGACACUUACCCAGUCACACUUGCUGGAAAGCUGCUCGGCACCCUAUGCAUUAUCUGUGGGAUACUGGUGGUAGCACUUCCAAUCACCAUCAUUUUCAAUAAGUUUUCUAAGUACUAUCAAAAGCAAAAAGCUAUUGAUACAGACCAAUGCAACAAUGAUCGCAAAGAGAAGUGUAACGACCUACCCUAUUUUAACAUUAGGGAUAUUUAUGCAAAAAAGAUGCACUCUUUCAUUUCUAGCCUUUCUUCAGUAGGAAUUGUAGUCAGCGACCAAGAUUCAACAGAUGCCUCCAGUAUCCAAGAUAUGGAGGAUGUUUAUAACCCGAUAUCUUUAGAGAAUAGUACAGGAAAAUGAGUUGAACCUUGUUCUCUUCCCUUUAUUUCUCUUCUGAUUCUUGGUAAAUGUGGACUUAAAAACUUCUGUGAAUUCAUUAAGAGCAGUCAAUUCUCAGGGUACUUAACUCUCAGCCAUAUUUGGACAUUCUUUGCUCUGAGGAUGCCAUAAAAACUUCAUUGAUUAUAUGAGGCUUUAAAAUAUGCCUCAUGUGGUGGUUUAGUUUUUACACACUAAUGUUAUGCAUUUUUGGGGAGAAAAAGUUGGGAAAACAGUAUUAAAUAUGAGA